CCCCUUCGAGCGAACACGAAGCCACCCUGUCGCGCCGAUUCGCUCUUCGUUGAGUUUGGAGUCGUUUUAAUUCAGCGCGUCCGCGGCGUAGAUCUAUCUGCGCUGCAACAUUUGCAGACGAGCAGCAUGCGGAGUCACGUGCACCGCUAAUAUUAAAAUUUGCCGAAUCUGCGGUAUAUACACGUGCUCGCGUUACGGAGAUCGCGGGCAUGCUCGUAUAUGGGGAGCAGCAAGUAUGCGAACGCCGAGGACAUCGAUAAUUAGAGUUCCUUUGUUAACGUCUUUUCUCCCUGAAAAUACAAAACGUGUAUAUUAACGAGAGGAUGUUAAUUCAUGUCUUUUGUGCAUUCGUCAGAAGUAACAUCCGUUCUUGCAGCAAUGAUUUCUACGUCGCCGAACAUCGCGUGGAGAUAGGAGAAUCUGUCCGUGGAGAGGAUGUGUACAUCGUGCAAAGUGGAAGCGGUGAGGUGAAUGACAAUCUGAUGGAGCUCCUGAUUAUGAUCAACGCUUGCAAAAUCGCCUCAGCAUCCCGGGUAACAGCUGUUAUUCCUUGUUUCCCCUACGCCAGGCAGGAUAAGAAAGACAAGGGCGGUGAUGGUGGGGACAAGUCAGACUCCACUAAAAAUCAGAUUGUCAUGAAGUCGAACGAGUGGAAAUUCAGGAGCCGCGCGCCCAUCUCCGCAAAACUGGUGGCGAAUAUGCUCUCCGUGGCGGGUGCCGACCACAUUAUCACGAUGGACUUGCAUGCUAGUCAAAUACAAGGAUUCUUUGAUAUCCCUGUCGACAAUUUAUUCGCCGAGCCAGCUGUCCUCAAGUGGAUUAAGGAAAAUAUCGUUGAAUGGCGAAACAGUAUUAUCGUUUCUCCCGAUGCAGGUGGUGCCAAAAGAGUAACAUCCAUCGCUGACCGAUUAAACGUUGAGUUCGCGCUUAUACACAAGGAAAGGAAGAAGGCGAACGAAGUCGCUAGUAUGGUAUUAGUCGGAGACGUCAAAGAUCGAGUUGCCAUCCUUGUAGACGAUAUGGCCGAUACUUGCGGCACUAUCUGUCAUGCAGCCGAGAAAUUGCUGGAGGCUGGUGCAACGAAGGUCUAUGCCAUACUUACCCAUGGUAUAUUCAGCGGCCCGGCAAUUAGUAGAAUCAAUAACGCCUGCUUCGAGGCUGUAGUAGUGACUAAUACUAUCCCCCAGGAUGGUCAUAUGAAAGACUGUCCAAAGAUUCAGUGUAUCGACGUCUCCAUGAUGUUUGCUGAGGCUGUGAGGCGGACUCAUAACGGUGAAUCUGUAUCGUACCUGUUUUCGAACGUACCCUAUUAGAAGAAAAUCUUCCGUAAGAUUUUAAGUCAUGUAAGAAGAAUAUACUCUUUUUACAUUU